AUGUCUUUUAUGUUUUUCUUUUUUUUCCUUCAUUCUUUAUUGAUUUUUUUUUUUAACUUGGCUUUCUUUCAUUUUCUCAUUCGUUUUUCUUUACCGAAUUAUUUUUUCUUUUCUUUUGCACCUUGUCUAUCAUAUUCUUCUCAAAUUCCAUUUUCUGUACUUCUUUCUGAAAUUUUUCUGUUUUCUUCUUCUUCUUCUUCUAUGCAAGCAGUUAUCCUCUCAUUUUCCAAUUCUUGUUGUUAUUCUUCUUCGUUUUCUCCUUCUUUACUUCUUAUCGUCCCAUCUAAUAAUUCAACUUUUUCAUUCCGCUGUUCUUUUCUCCAAACUUCUUCAUAUAACUUCUUUUACUUUUUCGCUUCUCACUUCUUCUUCUCCUCCUUUUCUUCUUCUUCUCCUCCUCCUUUACACUUUUUCUUCUUCUUCUCCUCCUUUACACUUCUUCUUCUCCUCCUUUACACUUCUUCUUUUUCUUCUUCUUCUUCUUCUCCUCCUUUACACUUCUUCUUCUUCUCCUCCUUUACACUUCUUCUUCUUCUCCUCCUUUACACUUCUUCUUCUUCUUCUUCUUCUUCUCCUUUAAACUUCUUCUUCUUCUUCUCCUUUACACUUCAUCUUCUUCUUCUUCUCCUUUACAUUUCUUCUUCUUAUUCUUCUCCUUUACACUUCUUCUUUUUCUCCUCCUCCUAUUCUUCUCCUACUUCUGACUUUUUCUUCCUCUUCUUUUCUCUUCUUCCUCUACUCUUUCUCACUUCUUCUUCCCUCCCUCCUCCUUCUUCUGCUUCUUCUUCUUUUCCAUUCAUUCCCAAUAUUUUCUUUCAUUCGUUUUUCAUUAAUUUUUUCAUUCAAGAAUUUUUCUUUCGGAAAAACAUAUUUUUCCUUUAUUCCUUUAUAUUUCAUCAGUCUUCUGGUGUUUUUUUUAUAUAUAUAUAUAUUUUCCUUUUUCAUUCUUUAUUGUCUUCCCUCAUUUUUCCCUUUCCUUCUUUACUCCGCUCUUUCUCUCUUUCGUUUAUUCAUUUUAUAGUCUUUUUCACCUUACUUCAUUUUUCAUUAUUUCACUUUUCGUUUCUUUUAUUUCCUUAUUCUAUAUAUUCGUUUUUUUUUGUUUUUUUCGUUGGUUUUCCUUCUUUUUCAUUUAACAUCUUUUUUUUCAUUCAAUCUUUUCAGUUCCUAACUUCAUAUUUUUGUACUUUCAAUGCAUUUUUAUUUCUUCAGCUGUGUUUAUUUCCUUUCAAAGAUUUCCUUUUCUUUCUGUAUUCUUCAUUUCGUUGUUUCUUUCUUAUCAGAUCAUUUUCUAUCUUCUCUUUUCUUACUUUCUUUUUUUCUUGUUUAUUCUUGCCUCUUCUAUAUGCCGUGUCCUUUCAGGACUGUCUACUUCUCAAUGUUAUCUAUCUAUCUAUCUAUCUAUCUAUCUAUCUAUCUAUCUAUCUAUCUAACUUCUUCUUAAUGUUAUAUAUCUAUCUAUCUGCUUCUUAA